GCUGAUUCGACAACUUUGCAAGCCACUUCAAUGCGUUAGCAUUAUCUUCGGUGUCAGCAAACAUGGUAUUGUGAUAAUACUUGCCGGCACUUUACCAAAAGUUUUAUAAUUACACCUGUACGUUAUUUUAUUUGGAAAAAACAUCAAAACACUGGUGGCUAAUUAUUCAAUUGUUAUAUUAUUAAAAAAUAAUCAAAAUAAAAAUUGUUUUCUGUUAACACUGUCGGUUAUACAUUGGAUUUAAUUGAAAUAAAAAUACAUUUAUAUUAUGAAAUCGUACCUGAUCAUUUUUAUCACAAUUAUUGUGGCAAUAAAAUUGGUGAAUUCAGAGGAUUGUAAAGGAUGUGUUGCGUUGGAUACUUUAUCAUUUGAUAAGGUGAUCAAUAAAUUCAAAGCUUCACUUGUGAAGUUUGAUGUGGCUUUUCCUUACGGCGAUAAACAUGAUGAGUAUGGAAAAGUAGCACUGUCCACUAAAGACACAGAAGAUCUUCUAGUUGCUGUAGUUGGAGUCAAGGAUUUUGGUAAUAAAGAUAAUUCAGAUUUGGCCCAACGAUUUAAAGUUGAGAAGGCCGAUUUUCCGGCGGUUUUAUUGUUCACUCAAGGACAAACGGAACCUUAUAAGCUUCUUACUGGUGCAAGUGAUGAUUUUACAGCUGAUAAUAUCAAAAGAUUGGUCAGAGCAAAAACAGGAAUUUAUAUUGGAUUACCUGGCUGUGUUGAACAGCUGGACAAACUUGUUGAUGAAUUUAAGACGAGUGAGGGAAAAGAUAGACAGGAAAUAUUGAAUAAAGCUAAAGCAUUAGCAGAAACUUUAUCCGACCAACAUCAAACGGCUGCAAAAAUUUACAUUAAACUAAUGGAAAAAGUAAUAGAUAAAGGUGAUAAUUUUGUUCAAACAGAACAGAAUAGAAUUGAUGGUAUAUUGAAGGGAAAAUUAUCUGAUGAAAAGAAACGCACAAUAGAAGAACGUAAAAAUAUUUUGCAAUCAUUUGCAUUCAAAGAUGAAUUGUAAAUGAUUGAAUGAAAAAUUUUAUAUGACUAUAAGAGACAUAAAUACAACGUAAAAUAAUAAGUAUUAAUGAUACGAAAUUCUAGUUUUUUAAACAAUUUUGAAAAAAUUUUUAUAUUUAUAAAAAAAGUUUUUUAUAAGUUUCAAUAGCAAAAGCUGAAUUUCAUGUAUCAACAUUCCUCAGUUUUAUAUAUCAACAUUCCUCUACAUCACGUUUCAUUUGUGAUAUUAAAUUAUUACUAGUAAUUAAAUCAAAAGCAUU